AUGUUAUGCACAGUCUGUAUCAGUAUCUUGGUUUUUUUUCACAAUAUACAUUUUUCAUUUUCCGCAUACGAUAAUCCCUAUAGCACUGUACCAUUCAGUGGUCCUGUGUCAGCAAAUCCCUUAACAUGGAAUCGUCGUCAAAUGUACGAUAUAGCUGAAAUGCCACCUGUGAUCCUUGGCGAAACAAUGCAACAUAAAGAAAGUUUCAAGGUGUGCGAUGAAUUAAUGGGUGAUCAGCGUGAUCAAAAUGAAUUUUAUGCUGAUAUCUAUGAUACUGUUGUACAACUGACAGCACAACGAUCUAUUGACGCUUAUAAACUAGGAGAUUAUAUUGCUAAAAAAGGGGAUGGUGGUGGAAUCAUUCGAUUACUCUAUGUUGCUAUACCACGACGAGAUUAUGAAUUAGAUUUUAAAUUUAUAACAGCUGAAAACGAUGUCCUAAGAUGUUAUAGAAAAAGUUACAUGGAUCGAUCUACAUUUGCUCAUUCGAUUUUAGCCAAUUAUCAGCCAGUGUUAACAGCUGGUACCGUUACGUUUGAAUAUCAAAGUGCUGCACAAAUAGUAAAAAUGACAAAAAUUGACAAUGAAAGCGGUCAUUAUAUGCCACAUACGGGUCUCGAAGCAUUGGCUGCUGUUAUUGUCUAUUUAGGACGAAUAUUAAUUAGUUCUGAUUAUCGUCUAAAUUAUAGAGGAUGUCGUUUAGUCUAUUAUGAGAGUCGAUUAUCUACAGCAUCUCAUGUUCAGCCUACAGCAACUACAGAUUUUACAUCAGCAAAUGUCGAGGAACCACACAAUAGUCCUCCUAGCAUGCAGUUAACUGUUCCGACAUCUACAUGUAAAACGUAUACAUUUGACAUUUUUUUACAAAGAAUCAAUGUUCAGUUUGCUCGUAUUUAUGAUCAGCUAGUGAGAAUAGAACGUUUACGUUAA